AAAAAUGAGUUGGUAUAAUAUAGGAAAGCAUUUUGUCAAGCACAUGGUUGUCCUGUAUAGUGAUUGGUUUCAUGUUGUAUGUACUGCCUGAAUGACUCAUAAUCGUCCUCUUUACCAUAGAGGCACCCAGUCAUUUGCCAGUGAUACCUACUCCAGCUCCUGUCGUCCACAUCUCCACGUCUGUCGCAUCAAGAGCUCUCAGGAAGAGCUACAAACUUUUCAAAGACAGUGUGGACCCUGACAGUCUUGUGGCAGUGCUCUACAGCAACAUGCUGCUUACUCCCGAUGAGCGUGAAAGGGCCACACAGACAACAGAAACAGCCAACCAAAGACUUCAAGUCAUUUUAAUGGCACUGGAGCGACGCAUUUCUGCCGAUCCUAAUGUAUUUCACACACUAUUGACAGCUCUCAUGGCAGAGCCAGCACUGGAAGCAGUUGGACGUGAGAUGAAAGGGAUUUAUGACGAUGAAGAGCAGGGAAUACAGCAGAAGCAACAACCAAACACCCAACAGGGAAAUGAAACUGAAGCCACAAGACGUAGAUUCCACAUCCGGGUUGAAGACACUCUUCAUUUGCUCUCACUCAGCAGAGAAGCAUUUGCACACGCCAAGAUAGAAGUUCAUCCAGAAAAGCCACUAACCUAUGACUGGAAGGGACAUGGGUUCAAAGUCGACGUUCCAGCUGGUGCCAUCAGUAGCAGUGGUCCAGCGACGAUGUACAUCCAGGCCAGUCUCAAGGGAGAUUAUCAGUUUCCAGAUGAGGGUGUCCUUGUCAGUGGAGUCUACUCUCUCUCCCUCUAUCCUCCCGUGGAUAAAUUGGACAAAAAAGUCACUAUCACCCUCCAGCACUGUGCCUGUGUGGAUGAUGAUGAUGAAGAAGCAGCACUGUCCUUCUACACUGCCAAAGACACGCCACCCUACAUCUUUGAGCGUCUACCAGGAGGAUCCUUCUCUGAGUCUGGAGAGGCUUCCAUCGAUGUUAACCACUUCACUUGGUUCACAGUGUUUGGAAAGAAGCCACUAAAAUAUGCCAUUUUCACUUACUACGUGCCAAAGCAGCUCAAUAUACACGAGGCCCAUAUAACAGUCACUCUGAAGAAAGAGCUGCUCAUAGAGAAGGUGAAGCAGCUGUAUAAGGAGCGAAGGGCUGAAGAAGGUCCAGUAGUCCCAAUGGUAAAGUUGAUGCCUGGUAAAGACCAGAUCACGCUGGACCUGGACACUUCGGAGGAGACCUGGAGCAAAGAUGGGUGGAGUCCUGUGUCCUUCUCCUCUUUCUGUUAUCCCAAAAGAGGCACUGGAUGACAUGAUGGAGAGACCAGCAGUCCCAGCCUUUCAAAUGCAGCUGAAAAUGAUCCUUCUCGUCACACCCAAUCGCUCUUGUCCAGAGAGUGGGAUUUGUAGAGUCACACCUAAAGACAGCCAUUACUAUCACCAAGGAACCAAAGGACCAGAGGGUCAGAGGGUAUAUUCAUUGUCAUAAUCCCUUCUAAAAUGUUAGUUUGACUUUGUUUUCAGCUUUGUCAGUCAGAGAGUGGACACGGAAAAUUUCCUGAGGCAGACAGUGUAAACACAGCAGCAAGGUAGUACACAUGUCUGUAAGAAUUGCAGUGGGACCAUGAGUCAGAGUAUGGAAAAGGGUGUAGAUAGAUAAUGAUUGGGCAGC